AUGAAUCCCAACACGUCUGCCAUUUUUGUCCAUGCUGGAGCCGGCUUCCAUAGCCUGCACAAUGAAAAAGCCCAUCUUGAAACAUGUGAGAAUGCAUCUCAUGUAGCAAUGACUAUCUUGAAGAGCGGCGGCUCUGCCGUCGAUGCUGUGGAGAUCGCGAUCAUGAUGCUUGAAGAUUCAGAAAUUACAAAUGCUGGAUAUGGGAGCAAUUUGACCAUCGAUGGCGCCGUCGAGUGUGAUGCUACCGUUGUAAAUCACCACGGGAGUAGCGGCGCAGCGGGCGCAGUUCCUAAUGUCAAAAAUCCCAUCUCGCUUGCUCGGGUUAUCUUGGACGCUUCGUCAAAACCAUUGUCAUUGCAGCGAGUGCCUCCUAACUUCCUUGUCGGCCAAGGCGCCACCGAUUUUGCUUAUGAAAACCGACUGGUUGUCCUUCCCGAUGACGGCCUAGUAUCUCCAGCGGCACGAGAGAGAUGGCUUCGCUGGCAACAAGAUUUGGCCUCAACCGAAGCAGUCGACAGACAACACCAUGGUCACCACCAGAACGAUCGUUUCAAGUCAUGGAUUCGUCGACCAGUUCACUUUCACCCAGCCCAGCUACUUUCGCCUCAUAACGGCACACAUCCACAUUCUGACGUCAACAAUGACCCUAGUCUUCCACCAAACUUCUCGACCUCCAGAUUCAGAGGCUUUGGUGUCACUCCGCCAGCAGACUCGAAUACGCCCUCUUCGGAGUCGUCCCGGACCAGGGAUGGCGAGUAUAUAGAUGGCAUGUUUGCAAGGCCUGAGCAAGCCCCUGUCGACGCACCAGCAGAGGCAUCCGCCACAUCUGAAACGGAGCCAACUAUGGAAGUAGACCCGACAUCGCAAACACCUGACACAAAAGUGGACCCUAAUAAACACAACGCAAUCGCGCUUGAUCCUACCAUGGACCGGAUUAAUGACACUGUCGGCGCGAUAGCAAUUGACCGCCAUGGCAACAUUGCAGCAGGCUCGUCAUCUGGUGGCAUAGCGAUGAAGCAUCGGGGUCGAAUCGGGCCUGCAGCGCUGUUGGGAAUAGGCACCUCUGUUAUCCCAGUGGAUCCCAGCGAUCCCGAUAAAACCACUGUCGCCGUUGUUACGUCGGGAACCGGAGAGCAUAUUGCCACCACUAUGGCCGCCAGUACCUGUGCCUCGCGCGUCUACUACAGUCAACGGAAAUGCGACGAUGGCGACUUUGAAGAAGUGACCGAGGAAGAAGCUGUGAGGGGGAUGAUAGUAUCCGACUUUAUGGACCACCCCGGCGUAAAAGGCAGUCAUUGCCAGGGUGCCAUUGGAGUGAUGGCAGUAAAAAAGACAAUCGACGGCGCGUUCCUUUACUUUGGCCAUAACACCGACUCUUUCGCCCUUGCAUCCAUGGGCAGCGACGACAAGAAGCCGACCUCCGUCAUGUCUCGCAGUAAUGGAAAUGGCAGCAUCGCCCAAGGUGGUCGUGCAUAUCGCUGGAGAAGAUACAAAGUGGCCGAGUCAUCGACGUAA